AUGGGGUACCUUGCACCGGAACUUAUAUGCACCGGGAAGGCAACACCCUUAACCGAUGUGUUCGCAUUUGGUGUGUUUCUCCUUGAGGUCGCAUGUGGGCGUAGGCCAAUCAACAGUAGCAAGGAUAUCACAGAGUUAGUGUUGGUUGAAUGGGUGCUAGAACAUCACUGCAACGGCUCAAUUCUUGACGUGGUCGAUCCACGUCUCAUGGGGAAUUUCAACACAGAGGAAGCCACCCUCCUGCUCAAAUUAGGUUUGUUAUGCUCUUACCCAUCUGCCAAUGCAAGGCCUAGCAUGCGAAAAGUCAUGCAAUAUUUGGAUCAUGACCAGUCAAUCCCUGACCUGGCUGCAACCUACAUGAGUUACGGCACAAUAGCAAUGAUGGAGAAUGAAGGGUUCAAUUCGUACAUGAUGUCCUGCCCUUCAUUGAAUACGAGUAUUUGUGUUGUAUCUAGUGAGUCUUCGGUGUCGAUUUUUGAAGAGGGAAGGCGAAUGCUUGUAAUGUACUCCUCUUUUUUUGUUCUUCUCUUAAUGUUCCUUUAA